CUGAGUUCCUCCCCCGGCUGGGUCGCUCUCUCUCUCUCUCUCCCCUCCCUUUGGCGGUUCCUCCCUCCUCCGGCAGCCAGGCAGCAUGGCGGCGGUGGAGACACGGGUGUGCGAGACGGACGGCUGCAGCAGCGAGGCCAAGCUCCAGUGUCCCACCUGCAUCAAGCUGGGCAUCCAGGGCUCGUACUUCUGCUCGCAGGAAUGCUUUAAAGGAAGCUGGGCGACUCACAAGUUACUACAUAAGAAAGCAAAAGAUGAAAAGGCAAAGCGAGAAGUAUGUUCCUGGACUCUAGAAGGUGAUGUGAACACUGACCCGUGGGCAGGCUAUCGGUACACUGGUAAACUCAGACCACAUUAUCCACUGAUGCCAACACGGCCAGUGCCCAGUUACAUUCAGAGGCCGGACUAUGCUGACCAUCCCUUAGGAAUGUCUGAAUCCGAGCAAGCUCUUAAAGGGACUUCUCAGAUUAAAUUACUCUCAUCUGAAGAUAUAGAAGGGAUGCGACUUGUGUGCAGGCUUGCCAGAGAAGUUUUGGACAUUGCUGCUGGGAUGAUUAAAGCAGGUGUAACUACUGAAGAAAUUGACCACGCUGUACACUUAGCAUGCAUUGCAAGAAACUGCUAUCCUUCCCCCUUGAAUUACUAUAACUUCCCAAAGUCUUGCUGUACCUCAGUGAAUGAAGUCAUCUGCCAUGGGAUUCCAGACAGGCGGCCUUUGCAAGAAGGUGAUAUUGUUAAUGUGGACAUCACUCUCUAUCGGAACGGCUAUCACGGGGAUCUAAACGAGACCUUUUUCGUUGGAGAUGUGGAUGAAGGAGCACGGAAACUCGUUCAGACUACAUAUGAAUGCCUGAUGCAAGCCGUCGAUGCAGUGAAGCCUGGCGUCCGAUACAGAGAACUGGGAAACAUCAUUCAGAAACAUGCCCAGGCAAAUGGAUUCUCAGUUGUUCGAAGCUAUUGUGGACAUGGGAUCCACAAACUUUUCCAUACAGCCCCCAACGUACCACACUAUGCCAAAAAUAAAGCGGUUGGUGUGAUGAAGUCGGGCCAUGUGUUUACAAUCGAGCCAAUGAUUUGUGAAGGUGGAUGGCAGGAUGAGACCUGGCCAGAUGGCUGGACUGCAGUGACGAGGGACGGGAAAAGAUCCGCUCAGUUUGAGCACACUCUGCUGGUCACGGACACUGGCUGUGAGAUUCUCACCCGGAGACUCGAUAGUGCUCGGCCUCAUUUCAUGUCCCAGUUUUAAUUUCUCUCAAGAUGCAUAACAUCCGAACACCAUCUCGUACUGUGCAUUUUAUUGAAAGUACAGAAAUGAAGUGUUGUUGUUUUUUUUUUUUAAGUCGCCCGUUUUGUUUUGAGUGUGGAGGAGAGUGGACUCCAGCACUGGGUGUGUGUCCUCAGGGGCAGAGAAGAAUAAAGGAAACAUUGCUUACUGCCUCCCGUGCCUGGCCUCACCCCCUCAGUUUUCUGUACUGUGUUUUCUUCUUUGCCCCUUGCGCACUUGACCUAAAUCUGCCCGUCAUUGCGUUGUCACUGCCACAGACCAGCCGCCAAGGGCCAGCUGCUGUCCAGGAGAAGGUGGAAGAUGAGAAGUCUUGAAACUUUAGCAACAUGUUGCUCCAGAUUUUUAUUAUAUAUUGAUAUAUAUGGAAAUAUAUAUGCAUACAUUUUAAAUUCCAUACACGUGAUUACUGAACACUAGAUGACUGUCGGUCUGGGUUGAUUCUGCUUUGACAGGAUUAUCUGUUCUCAUAAAUGGAUCCAUAACUCGCUAGUGAGUAAUUCCUAGUCAGGACCUGGUCUGCUCCCCUCACCAUGCUGAUUAUUUAUCUUGUCUGUCUAUAGGGAAGCCUGCAGUGUGGAUGGUGUCAGUGAGGGAGUAGUUAGACUCACUUGGGAGGUUAUCAGACUUGUAAGGUCUGGUGUGUGGCAGCAGCUGUGGGGAGUUUUACAACGCACUGCUGCUUCAGACCUCUGUUUGGUCAGAGAUGUGAGGGAAGAAGCCCCCUUUCUUCAGAAACUUGGGUUGUAAGGGCACCCCUCUGGAGUACUCAGAGAAGAAUGGGCUGUCCUGUGGCAGGUGAAGGGGAGAAUUCCAAAUGUCCCCAGUGGGAGCACAGUUGUGGGUGGCUGCGAGCUACCAUUUUGUAAAUGACAGCAGUGAGAAAGGAACGAGUUGCAGUGCUGUAAGCACUCAGUAUGCAUGCUGCUACCCUGUAUGCAAAUGCACUCACCUCUGUAGUUGAGAGUCUCGUCAGAAAUGACCGUGGUGCCUGGAAUCUGGGCUCCUCAGUGGUUGUUCAAAUACAAGUGGAGACACACCAGAUGAUAAAGUUGUCAUGAGAGUAUCCUUGAUUUCUGGUUGUCUCAUGACUUUAUUCCAGUAUACUUUGAUACCGCUGACACAUACUUCAAGACAUCUUUCCCAGAGUGCCUCAGACCUUAUUGCUUUAAGAGAAUGAUGAUAAUGUUUUCAUGACUUUAUUUUAAAUGAUUUAGUAAAGUGAUUGAAUCUGGUGUGGACUUCUGGGUGUGUGUGUGUUUAAAGUUUUUAUCAAACUGUAAUAUUUGUGAAUGGAAUGCCUUGUAAUAUGAAUGUUAAUAUAAUAUGUAAAGGGAGAUUAAACGUUUGAAUG